CAGAUUCCAGUUUCUACCCUUCAGAGUCCCUAAUUUCAUUUUUGGGGUUAUCCGUUAUCAUUUACCAAAACCCCUCAUCCACACCAAUCAGUCCCGACCUUGCGCUUUCCCUUGUCAUGGCCGGAAGGAAGAGACGGCGCUUGAGAUCAUUAGUGGAGGCAGCCACCGUGGAAAGAGCAGGAGUUGGGGGAGUUCACGAGAAUGAACACUCUUUGCAACACGUGGGGUUUGAACUUCCAAGAGAGCUUCUGGAAAUAAUUAUCGGUCACUUGAACUUGGCGGAUAACGUCCGUGCUUCUGCUGUUUGCAAACUAUGGCAUUCUGUGGCCCACUCUGUCCGGGUUUCCAACAGACCCCCUUGGCUUAUGUUUCUCCCAAAGUUUGGUGACUUGGUAGAAUUCUAUGACCCUUCAUUGCGCAAAACUUAUGCUGUUGAGUUGCCUGAGUUGCGUUCCUCAAGGCUUUGCUACACCAAGGAGGGAUGGUUGCUACUGUACAAGCCCAGAACACAACAUGUUCUUUUCUUCAAUCCUUACUCUCGACAGUUAAUCAGCUUACCCAAAUUAGAUAUGGCAUAUCAAAUUGUUGCAUUCUCUGCUGCUCCUACGUCUCCCAAGUGCAUUGUAUUUACUGUUAAGCAUAUCAGUCCCACUUUGGUUGCUAUUAGCACCUGUUUCCCUGGAGCAACUGAAUGGACAACCGAGCAUUACCAGAACCGCCUGCCGUUUGUGAGCAGUAUAUGGAAUAAAUUGGUUUUCUGCAACGGUCUGUUCUAUUGUCUGAGUUUGACAGGAUGGCUAGGGGUUUAUAACCCAGAUGAGCAUUCUUGGGUUGUUCGAGUUGUUCCUCCGCCGAGAUGCCCGGAGAAUUUCUUUGUCAAGAACUGGUGGAAGGGGAAAUUCAUGGCUGAACAUGAUGGGGACAUUUAUGUCAUAUAUACUUGCUCUAGUGCCAACCCGGUGAUAUACAAGUUAGACCAAGUUAAUAGAGUGUGGGUAGGGGUGCAAACACUUAAUGGUUUGACACUGUUUGCAAGUUUCUUGUCAUCCCAAGCAAGGUCAGAUAUCCUUGGGUUGAUGCGGAAUAGCGUUUACUUCUCUAAAGUUCGUUUCUAUGGGCGGCGAUGCAUAUCGUUCUCUCUGGACCACGACAGGUACUAUCCCCGAAAACAGUGCCAUGAUUGGGGGGAACAAGAUCCAUUUGAGAGCAUCUGGAUUGAACCACCCGAAGACCUUUCAGCCUUUGAUUGAGCAACUUGUUGGCACAGGUACAGACGUAUUUAUGUGAUGCUUGAUAAUUAUGAAGGGCUUUCUUUUCCACAUGCAUUUCUACGUCAACAUUCCACACUCAAGGACUUUGCAUUCUCACGGAAAUCAAACAGGAAAGCGGAGAUGUAAUUGGCAUGAAUGAAGGUGUUCUUGAGAUAUUUAAUGCAGCGAAGAACAUGGGCUUGAAACCUUGUUGCAGGUCUGUACUCUGAUUUGGUUUGCCAUUUUAAGCUUGCCUCUUGCAACCAGCACGUACAGCAAUGCAUAUCUUGUGAUAACAUAUUGGCAAGAUUGAUGGAUUAGGGAAGAGGACGAGGGCGCUCAUUGGAUCUUACCGAUGAAUAUUGCAAUGACCUAGCAUAGCAUCAAACGAACCAUUUCGUGUUGAAGGUAGCUAAGCAUAUGUGGGGGACAAGAUCCACUCAAAAGGAUGAACCUUCGCCCGGACAAUAUACUUGAGAGGAGAUAAAUGAAGCUUUAAUCUCAAGUGAGCAAUGAAUGAGAUAUGUCACCAAUCCCAACAAAGGAUAUCUAUGUAGAGCACAAAUUACUUCAUACUUGUCUUCGGUAGGGGUCAAACCCAACUAUUAUGCCAUUUCACACUCCCUAUUGACCACUUAUGCAAUGUUCGCUGAAUGGAUGAGAUCUUAUCGAAGUGUCAAUGGUAAAGGAGAAAAGGUUAGAGAACAUUUAAGUAGAGGGUAGAAUUGUCAAUAAGGGCAUUGGAGCAAU